AUGUGCGAAUUCUUCGUUGCUACAAAAGGAAGCUGUCUCAUGGGACGUGAUCUCAUGAAGUUGUUACAUGUGCUACCACAGAUGCCAGACGAGGUUAAUGCAGUGAACUCAGAGAUUUGUGGUGAAUUCAACGAGCUCUUCAGUGACCAUGUUGGACUUGCGAAGGGUUACGUGCAUCGUGUGAAGACGAAACAGGACGUGCCGCCAGUACAACACAAGCUGCGACGCCUACCUUUUGCAGUUAGAGACAAAGUGUCGACAGAGUUACAGCGUUUGGUUAAAGCUGAUAUCAUUGAACCAGUAGAAUCAAGUGAAUGGAUUUCCUCAUUAGUCGUCGUGAAUAAGAAGAAUGGGGACAUCCGCCUGUGUGUCGAUUUGCGAGAUGUGAACAGAGCGAUAGUUGAGGAUAAAUAUCCACUGCCUCACAUAGAAGAACUGUUGAGUGAGAUGCGAGGAGCAACUGUAUUCAGCACUUUAGAUCUCAAAAGUGCAUACCAUCAGCUUCUUCUUCAUGAGGAUUCGCGUCAUCUCACAACUUUCAUUACGCAUGAAGGACUCUUUCAGUUCAAGCGUGUCUGCUUUGGACUUUCUUCGGCUCCUUCAGCAUUCCAGAAGCUUAUGUCGUCUAUUCUAGCUGGACUUUCUGGUGUCCAGUGCUACCUUGACGACAUCAUCAUCUACGGUGAUACUCUAUCAACCCAUGACACAAAUCUUCGGGCAGUUCUACAACGGCUACAGAGUGUAGGACUUACACUGAACUUACAGAAGUGCCAGUUCAACCUGAAGGAGAUCAGUUAUCUAGGGCAUGUUAUCUCUGCCAAAGGCGUUCAACCUAAUGAAGAUAACGUUGCUGCAAUACGAGAUGCUCCGGUUCCUGAGGAUGCUGCAACACUCCGAUCAUUCUUGGGACUGGCUUCGUAUUACGCAAAGUUCAUUCCAAAUUUCUCCAGCGUAACUGCACCACUACGAGAGUUGACCAAGAAGGACGUUUCGUUCGUGUGGUCUACUGCUGCUGCCGAAUCAUUUGCUACAGUCAAAUAUCAGAUCCUACAUUGUUCGACGUUGCAUCUUUUCGAUCCAGAUCUACCAGUAGUUAUUUCAACUGACGCAUCAGAAUACGGGUUAGGAGCUGUCCUUAUGCAGAUGAAGGAUGGAAAGGAGGUUCCUAUCUCUUACGCUUCCCGUACGCUCACUAAAGCUGAGAAAAACUAUUCGGUGGGCGAGAAAGAAGCUCUCGCAUGUGUAUGGGCUUGUGAAAAGUGGUUCCAGUACGUGUGGGGCCGCCAUUUUGUUCUCCGCACAGAUCAUCAAUCUCUUACUACAUUGUUGUCAACGAAGGGGACAGGACGUCAUUCUAUGAGGAUCGCUCGAUGGGCUACGCGUUUGCUACGAUUCAACUACACCGUCGAGUACAUUCCAGGUCUACAGAAUCAUGCUGCUGAUGCAUUAUCGCGAUUACCACAGCCAACGCCUUCAGUCUUUGAAGAUGAUGAUCAUGAAGUUGUGAUCCAGAGCAUAUUCGCGGAAGUUACAAUAUCAAAAGCCGAGUUACAACGUGCAACGGCUUCUGAUUCAAUUCUACAACGUGUGAUUGAGAAGAUAUUACAUGGUUGGUCAAAAGAAUCAAGCAAAGAUAGUUCACUGAAAGCAUAUUACAUGAUUCGCGAUGAGCUUACAAUCAUUGAUGAUUGCGUGUUUCGUGGUAAUAGAGUUGUCAUUCCCAAAUCACUUCAAGCAGUCUUGAUUACAAAUGCGCACUCCGCACACCAAGGAAUAGUGCGUACCAAGCAACGCUUACGUGAUAUUUAUUGGUGGUCAUGUAUGGAUAGGAUGGUAGAGGAUGCUAUUCAUAAUUGUAGUUUGUGUCAAUCAAGUGAUAAGGUUUCAAAUACUCGUAAUACUCCCUUACAGAGUGUUCCUCUUCCUGAUGGACCUUGGAAGAAAAUAGGUAUUGACAUAACAGGUCCAUUCAAUACUACACAACCUUCAUACAAAUAUGCCAUUGUAGCCAUAGAUUAUUACUCCAAAUGGCCAGAGGUUGCUUUUGUUUCUGAAGUGACUACACAUUCAGUCAUUACAUUUCUUACACAAGUGUUCGCUAGGGAAGGUAUUCCUUCUGAAGUUGUUACUGACAAUGGUGUUCAAUUUGUAUCUAGUGAAUUUGAAGAUUUCCUAAAGAAGCUAGGUAUUUCACAUUCCAAAGCAUCACUGUACUACCCGCGUUCAAAUGGUGAGGUUGAACGUUGGAAUAGGGUGUUGAAGCAAACGCUUCAAAUUGCAACAAUGCAAGGUAAACCAUGGAAGGAAGCAGUCCUUGAAUUGCUUAUGGCAUACCGCGCUACCCCUCAUCAGACCACUGGUACAACUCCAGCAGAGUUGUUACAUGGUCGACCCAUGGUCACGCCAUUACAUAUUCAUGAUGCUAAUGAUGGCAAUAGGCGUGCCGGGGAGGAUACUGAAAUGCGAAGGCGUGUUGGUGCAAAGCAAAAGAAAGCACGCGAGUACGCUGACAAAACUAGGGGUGCUUCCAUUCCAAAGUUUAGCAUUGGUGAUAAGGUUAGAGUGAAAAGAGUCAAGAAAAAGAACAAUUCAUGGUUUGAGGCACCACAGAAAAUUGUAGCCAAAAAGGGUUUGUACACAUUUGUCUUGGAAGACGGACGUAUUUGGAAUGCCUCAAAACUGACAUUGUUCAGGGAUAGUGGUCAUGUUGAUCAGAGAAAAUCAAACACAGCUAGUGAACAGACUGGAAGUCAUAAUGAAAGACCUAAACGUGACAAAAAAGUACCAGUCUGGACAUAUGAUUAUGUUUCUCAUUGA